AGCUCAACUUGUCUAUUAUUAACUUUCAUCACAAUAAUAAAAAAUAGUAACUUGCUGCGCAAAGAAUAUGUUUAUAAUUUUGCCGGCAUCUUAAAUAUUUAUUUUAAAAUAAUAAAUUCGUCUUAUUAGUAUGAGUUCCAAGGUAAGCAGGGACACUCUGUACGAGUGUGUUAAUAACCUUCUUGAAAAUUCACAAAAGAAGCCCCGUAAUUUCGUCGAAACUGUCGAAUUGCAGAUUGCUUUGAAAAACUACGAUCCUCAAAAAGACAAACGAUUCUCUGGAACAGUCAAAUUGAAAAAUAUUCCUCGACCUAAAUUUACAGUUUGUGUUUUGGGAGAUCAGCAACAUUGUGAUGAAGCUAAAGCUAAUGAUGUUGCAUGCAUGGAUGCUGAAGCCCUGAAGAAAUUAAAUAAAAAUAAGAAACUUGUGAAAAAACUUGCCAAGAAAUAUGAUGCAUUUCUUGCAUCUGAAUCAUUGAUCAAACAGAUUCCUCGAUUGCUUGGUCCUGGAUUGAACAAAGCUGGAAAAUUCCCAUCAUUGCUAACCCAUAAUGAAUCUAUGAUGGCUAAGAUAGAUGAAGUCAAAGCUACAAUCAAGUUUCAAAUGAAAAAGGUAUUGUGCUUGGCUGUUGCUGUUGGUCAUGUCAAAAUGACCCCAGAUGAAUUGGCCCAAAAUUUGAAUUUGGCUAUAAAUUUCUUAGUUUCGCUUUUGAAGAAGAACUGGCAGAACAUCCGCUCCUUGCAUGUCAAAAGUACUAUGGGGCCAUCAUUGCGACUUUAUUAAUGUUUAAUAAUUUUCUUUGAAUGUUUUUCAUCCAUUGAAAGUAAACGAUCUGAUUUUUUUCACUAGCUUUUUAUUUUAUUUAUAGUCAUUUUUUUAUUUAUACAAUCUUAGUCAUUUAUUAAUUUUUACUUAAUUUUUUGUUGUUGGAAUGUUUGAGUGAAUGUAUUUAUUUCUUUGAAAGAAAAUAGAAAAUUAUUUUCAUGUUUGUUAUCUUUUCAUCUCGUAAUUAGCUGAGGUGUGUAAAGAUUUAUAUUUUAUGAUGCUUCCAGUAUUGCAAACUGGAGAUCAUGUUAUGUAGCAUUAAAUUUUUGUUUUUAAUCAAAUAAAUGUUAUUUGAAUUGAUCAAA